AUGCAGUACGCUUUGCAUAAUUCAUACGUGCUCAAGGGAACGGCGCAGAUCCUUCAGCAAUCUGAUGUUUCUGCGCGUCGUUGCCGAGUUGAAGCGUCUGACGCCACCAUUGUUUAUGUGGACUUUAAUCGGAUCAUACUUAGCUCGGGCAAGAAGUCGGUGUCGGAUGUGCUGGGCUAUGUCGAUUAUACUGUGCAGAGUUUGCGCAACAAGGAAAUGUUCCAUUCCAUGCAGCUGAGCUUUGAGCAGUGUUGGAAUUUUAUGCUCUGGCUGGAUCAGUCCAAUUUCUUCGGCAUUCGAGGCAAAUUGCCCAAGGGCAUUGAUAAGACGGUCACCUCAAUUGCGGCGGGCAACACAACGUUGCGUCAGAGUCAGGCGAGAAGUGAGGACGUGGGUGAGUUCUCCGAUCUGGCCGACUGGACAGAUCCGUGUGAUACGCACAUAAUCAACGAGGUCAUCUGCAAGGCGUGCAAUCAUUGUCGCGACCUGGAUCUCUGCAAGGACAAACAGCUCGCCCUGAAGGAUGGCAUUCCUGUUUGGCUAUGCGCCCAGUGCUAUGUAGCCUACGACAAUGAGGAGAUAGAGAUGCGCAUGAUUGAUGUGCUGCAGCACAAAGUGAUGUCCUAUGUGCUCCAGGAUCUGCGCUGUGUGCGCUGCAACGAAAUCAAACGCGAAAAUCUCGCCGAGUUCUGCACCUAUGCUGGCAAUUUUGUGCCCCUAAUCAGUGGCAAGGAGAUUGAAACGCUCCUCAACACAUUUAAUAACGUUGCCAGCUACCAUAAGAUGCAGUUGCUCCAGCAAACGGUGCUGCAGGCACUAAAAACUCCCCGUUAA